GUUUGUUAUAAAAAGUGAUGCUGCGGCCGUUCAGAUCAUCUUCUGAUCGGAUCAGAACCCGGACCGACCAGCACCUCUCCAUCUGAACGCUCUUGCGUCUGUCGUGUCUCCCCACGAAGUUUUUCCACCAUGCGUAAAAGUUUCCGCCUCUCGAGUCAGGUGCCGAACAAAAACCUUCACAUCGACCACGAUGACUUUCGUGAGUUCGAGCCGUUUGAAGGUGAAACCGAUCUCAUUCCGAGAUCGACGGCACCUGGAACUGAGCCCCUGACGGUCGUCGGCGUCGACAUGCGGAAGGACUUCAACGAGGCCAACCACUACACCACUGAGUACGUGAACAACCUCCUGGUGGUGCGUCGUGCUAAGCAGUUUGUCAUCGACAUAACCUUCAGCCGUCCCAUGGUGCCUCAAGACGAUUUCCAGCUGGAGUUCCUGAUUGGCGAGAAACCUGCCGCCAACAAGGAUUCCCUGGUUGUAGUGACCUUCCGUAACCGUCGUAGUACUUCUUGGUCUGGAAAGAUCCUGGGAACCAGGGACACAGUCGUGUCCCUCGGGAUCACAGCCCAUGCUAAGGCCAUUGUGGGCUUGUAUCGUAUGUAUGUGGCCGUCGUGGUGGGCAACGGUAUGCAGCGGACUGAGAAGGACCCCAACACCAACCUCUACGUGCUGUUCAACCCGUGGUCUCCAGAUGAUGAAGUGUUUUAUCCGGAUGAAGUCGGGCGGACGGAGUAUGUGCUGAAUUCCACUGGUCUGAUUUAUAUGGGGACGCCAGAGCAAGUGACUGAGCGUGGCUGGGUGUACGGACAGUUUGAGAAGGGCGUCCUGGACGCCUGUAUUUACAUCAUGGACGUCUGCCGGAUGCCAAUCCAAAGCCGUGGGGAAGUUACCAAAAUGGUUCGGACAGCAUCAGCUUUGAUCAACUCUCAGGAUGAAAACGGUGUGUUGGUUGGAAACUGGAGUGAUGACUUCUCCAUGGGUACCCCCCCAACCACCUGGACCGGGAGCACCAAGAUUCUCCUGCAGUACCACAACACUGGUGCUCCUGUCUCAUUUGCUCAGUGCUGGGUGUAUGCCGGAGUCCUCAACACCUUCCUGCGGUGCCUUGGGAUCCCGUCGAGGGUCAUCAGCAACUUCAACUCAGCCCACGACAACACGGGCAACCUGAAGACUGAACUCGUCUUUAAGGAGGAUGGUACACCUGACCCACGCAACACCAGAGACUCCAUCUGGAACUACCACUGCUGGAAUGAGGCAUUUAUGAAGCGGGUCGACCUUCCACCCAAGUUCUCUGGAUGGCAGGUGGUGGAUUCAACGCCCCAGGAGACCAGUGAUGGAUAUUUCCGCUGUGGUCCGGCUCCCGUCAUCGCCAUCAGGGAUGGUGAGCUGUGUCACCCGUUUGACUGUCGCUUCGUCUUUGCUGAGGUGAACAGUGACCUGAUCUUUAUGGUGAGUGACAGGUACGGCAAUAUGACGCCAAAGAAGGUCGACACCACCUACAUUGGAAAGAUGCUUUACACUAAAGCUGUGAGCAGGUGGGGCCCUGAGGACGUCACAAGGACCUAUAAGCACCCAGAAGGAAGUCCACAGGACAAGCAGACAAUGGCUAAGGCUGAGCAGUACGGAUGUGCGAGAGACCAGUCUGACCUCCCUGCAUCUAAGCUGGCCAUCCAGAUUUCUGCUCAAGCAGGCUUUGUGGGCGAGCCUCUGAAGAUCGAAGUGACGUUCUACAAUCAAGCUGAACUGAUGAAAUCUGUGAAAGCUCACAUGGAGAUCGCAGUCACCUACUACACCGGCGUGGCCUCAUCAGAUCCCUUCAAGUCUGAGGACUUCACUCUGGACAUUGCAGCCUUCCAGAACAGCACCAGAGUCUUUGAGAUUACACCCCAGCAGUACGUUUCCCAGCUGGGUUCUAAUAGCAGCCUGGAGAUCACCGUGACGGGAAAAAGCGAUGAUGAGGAGGUCUCAGAGGUCAAGACCAUCUCCCUGAAGCUCCCUCCACUGAACAUCACGCUGAGUGGACAACCUCAGGUGAAUCAGGAGAUGUACGCGGUCGUUUCCUUCACAAACACCCUGAGCUUCCCCCUCACCGGGGCCAAGCUGGCCAUGGAGGGAGCCGGACUGCUGGAGACCCAGGUCUACAAUUACAGGACCAUUCCACCCAUGGGUCAAAUAUCCCGUAAAGUGGGGUUCAGACCUCUGAAGCCGGGUCUCCGCACCUUACUGGUGUUGCUGGACUGCGAGAACCUGCCAGAUGUGACCACCAUGGUUGAAGUCAAGGUCAUGCCAUAAUCGCCCAAAUGGACAACGAGCUCUAAAUCUUUAAUGAUUAGUUUUCUUUCUGGAAAUCAUCUACAAUUAUCCUGGAAAUCAUCAAAAUCGUUUUCACUUCUUUGUGUGUUUAGACUUUAUGCAGUUAUUAACAGGUUGAGAUAUUUAAUCAGUAAUUACAAAUUCUUUUUGGUUCUGAUGAGGCUUAAAUAUAAAUGUAAUGUAUGUAAUAAUUUCUGUAUGAAAACUGAACCAGAUUAUAAAGUUUUAUUGUCCUUCACUUAUUUGUCCGCAUAAAGAAUAAUUAAAUGAGAUUUUAUCUUUUUUUAAAUCUUUUCUGUAUACCAUAAUUCCUUUCUUUAACAAUAAUUACACCGUGUACUAACAAAUAAAGCAUUUUUCAAAGGCA